AUGCUCUCGGGCGGCGUGGUGCUUAAUCUCGCCGACUGUUCCGCCGCCGGAUGCGCUAAGCUGCCGCCGUUCCCGCUGUCCCCGUGCGGCCCCACCGGCCCCACCGUUUCCCCCGUGGACUCCAGCCGCACGAUGAGCUUCGGGUCACACGGAGACAAGACAGGGCAGACUUACCCCUCCCCUCUCGUCUCCUCCCUUCCCUUUCUCUCCUUCCCCUUCCCCCCUCCCUCCUCUUCUUCCUCUUCCCCCCUCAGCUACCGCGCGUACCAGGUGGCGGAGCAGCCUCCCCCCGCGCGCCUGAACGAGUCGUGGCGCUCGCUCCCCCUCGCGCUGAUGUCGCUGCACGCGCCGCUGGGCGCGCUCCCCCUGCAGAGCACGGUGGAGGCGGAGCGCUACCCCAUCCCCGACUCCGCUGAGUCGCCGGUUUCGAUUCGUUUUUUGGUGAGGUUUGACUUUGAGUCGACUCAAAAGUCACCUCGGUUCGGAUUUGUGUCGUGUCUCGUGGCCAAGGCCUCUCCUCCCCUCCCCUUCGCCGUCCCUCUUCUCCUGUCGCCUCUUGUUGCCUGCUCUUCCCUCCUCUGCUCUGCCCCGCCCUGCUCUGCCCCGCCCUGCUCUGCCCCGCCCUGCUCUGCCCCGCCCUGCUCUGCCCCGCCCUGCUCUGCCCCGCCCUGCUCUGCCCCGCCCUGCUCUGCCCCGCCCUGCUCUGCCCCGCCCUGCUCUGCCCCGCCCUGCUCUGCCCCGCCCUGCUCUGCCCCGCCCUGCUCUGCCCCGCCCUGCUCUGCCCCGCCCUGCUCUGCCCCGCCCUGCUCUGCCCCGCCCUGCUCUGCCCCGCCCUGCUCUGCCCCGCCCUGCUCUGCCCCGCCCUGCUCUGCCCCGCCCUGCUCUGUCCCGCCCUGCUCUGCCCCGCCCUGCUCUGCCCCGCCCUGCUCUGCCCCGCCCUGCCCUGCCCUGCCCUGCCCUGCCCUCGGUCCUUUGCUCUCCGUCCCCUCUCCCCCCAGCUUCUCUGUGGCAGGAGUGCGGUUCGCAGUGGUGGGAGUGUACAUGCUGCUGGGAGUGUCCUUCCGGGGCAGCCUGCCGUGCGCUAUCAGGGAGGCGCAGGCAGUGGCCAUGGCGCGCGUGGUGCGCCGGCUGCUGCUGCGCGGGGAGGAGGUGGUGGUCAUGGGCACGUUCAACGACCUCGACGGAGACCUCUCCGCGGAUCUGGAUGUGGAGAAUCUGGAUCCGGUGUCGCGAGUCAUGCAGAUCAUCAAGGACGCCACAUCAGAGCGUCUGAUCAACAUAGCGGCGGCGCUACCCUCUGAGAAGCGCCAGUUAGCUGCACAGCAGACAAACUUCAUCCUGAUAUCGCAGCACCUGACUGACGCCAUCAGUGUGGAGAUGCCGCAUGUGGAGGCAUUCUUUGUUACACUUUUUGGAUUGACUCUCAGCAUGUACAAUCACAGUGUUGGGAUAGCAGCAGCAGCAGCAGCAGAAGGUUCUGCUGAUUCGUCCUCAAGAGUAGGAGCGGGUGAGAAUGGUGCUUCUGUUGAUGGUGAGAACGGCAGUGGCGAGAGCAGCAGCCAAGAGAGCUCGGGAUUGAGCGGAGGGGCGGUGGCAGCGAUUGUCUUCUUCGUUAUCAUUGGGUUAGCCAUUGGUGCUGCUGCGGCUUUCUGGUGGCUCGGGGGUGCGAAGCUGCUUCAAAAGGAGUCGUUCAAGCGCAAGGGCAUGAGCAUGUUUGUCGUGGGAGCUGGCAAACACUGGAAGCUGGGAAAGAAGAAAGGGCACGGAGCAGGAGGAGGUGUAGGUGGGGAUGGAGAUGUGGGGUCCGAAAGUGGGGAAUUGGCAAAGGAGGAGGGGGUUGGGUACAGUGGGGAGAACAGUGGGAAGGAUGGGGAUGCUGCGGGGAUAAAGCCAAAGAAAAAGUCGUUCAUGUCGGGGUAUAAAGUGUGGAAACCCAUGGAUGCGUCGAGGUUUGUGCCUUCUCGGCCAGUCAUGGCGCCUCCGUUCCAGAGCUUCCUUACGUCUCAACCGGGAUCUCCAAUCAUCGAUAACCCCGUUCCGCUAUCCCGGAGGGCAGGGUGGGAUGAUAAUGAUGAUGACGAUGAUGAUGACAACUGGAGCCCUCCGCGGUUUGCUCUCCUGGAGCCACGCACUGGCUUGAGGGAGUACAGCCAAUAA